AUGAGCCCCUUAGCACAAACCGUGAGGCGAUGUUUGUCGAGGGUGGCGCGAGGGCGGCUUGCUGGCACCUCAUGCCACCGGAACGUUAGGGUUUUUCAGAAAAGAAGAAGAGGUAGUGUGAUAUCAUCGCCUUACAAGGAGUUCUAUCUCACUCUAGGGUUUAUGUUUGCUGAAGUUUUCAUGUGUUAUGAAUAUCGUCAAUGGAGAUGUCCUUUCCUUUCUCCGGGGUUUGUUGGAGCUACUGAUUCUAUGGCUGUUACGGCGACGGCGAGGAUGAUGAAUGGUGGAGGCGGUGGAGGACAGGUGGUGAUGGUGGAGAGGGAGCGACAACAGAUGAUAGGUGCGUCAAUGAUGGAACAGUUAGUUCCGGAAAUCACCACACAUGCUUUGAGUUACUUGGAUUAUCCUAGUCUCUGUAGGCUGUCAAUGACCAAUUCUUCCAUGCGGAGGGCUGCUAAUGAUGAUAAUGCUUGGAAGGCCCUUUAUCAUAAGGAUUUUACAAUGGAACAAGAUAGUGUAACACCUGCAAACGGGUGGAAGGCGUACUACGCAGCUACGAGAGCAAUUGUGAAUAUAAAUCAACAAUUUUUUGAGAUGAUUCGAGAAAGAUCUAUUCCAGACAUGGGUCGGCUUUGGCUUAAUGCGGAUUAUGUGAAAUGCAUUCAUGCCUCAGGGGAGCUCUUUACCGGGUAUAAUGGGGUGAUAGGGAGCUGGCAGCUGGCGUUUAACUGGGAAGCGGAAGCAGGGGUUGAUUUUGAGGUGAGGGAUGUGAGGUCGAGGGUGCUCAGUGACGUGGCUUGGGUGACAAUGAAAGCUUAUGUAGGAAUGGAGCAGAGGCCUCUGAAUGUGACGAAUGUGUUUGAGCUUCAUAAUGGGCAGUGGUACAUGGUUCAUCAUCAUACCUCUCUCAUGCUUGCUAAUGCUGCUGCGGAUCAACCACAACCUAUGCUCAUGCUGCCCCCCUGACGACACACCUUACUUUCAAGGAAUCAAAUCAACCCAGCAAGAGUUUCUUUUUAUAUGAGUUUAGGGAAAAAUGGUACAGAGUUGUUUUAAUUAGGAUUCGAGGA